CUAAUUGACAUUUCUCAUAAAUACCUCAAGCUCUGAAAAGCCGAUAUAAUUUUAUAAGAGGUAACCUGAUAAGUUUUCUCUCUAGCAUGAAUUUUUUAAAUACAAUUUCUCUCGUGUCUUUUGAUUCCCUUUAAUUUUUUCUCAAUUUCAUUCAUAUUCUAGCGGCGCAUGCGCAGAAUGAAACGUGUGGCGCGCGUACAUGUUCCAUGUGUGGCCAUAACCUAAUCUAACCUAAUACUCUAGUCUUUUGAAAUAUUAAUUUAAUAUUAGAAUACAGAAAAGAAAAAAGAAUUGCUAAUAGUGAUCAUAUUGCACUGAAAAUCACUGUAAAAUAAAAUCUUUUGUUGUUGCCGUUUCUGUGAUUUGAAAGAAAUAUUAUUGUAAUAUAUGAUGGAGGAGAAUUGGCAUACGCCUCCUAAUACAAACGGGGAUAUUUUUAGAAAUAUGUUAUUCACAGAUCGACCACCUGUCGUGAAUAAGAAUCUUCAAUUUCUCAUAAUUUAUGAUGAACGCAAUGCUCUUCUUGGAGGCACUAACAUGGUUGACCUGUAUUGGACUGGUACUCUCUGGCAUUAUAAUGACAUCUCAGAUUUUACUAGGGAAAAAGCUGCUAUAACGCAACAAAUGAGCAAUGGUAUUUGCGAUGCUGUUUAUCUAGGACAUAAUAAAUUUGUUGUUGUGGAAGAUAGCGGUGCAGUACAAAUCACCGAAAUAGUUCAAUCAACAAACAAAGAGUCUGAAUUUGUAUUUUUCGAACGCGCUUGCCAACAUGAUGAUAGCAUCUCGACAGUGUCUGCAUUUUCUAAUAAAAGAAACAUUGUCACAGGAGGAAUGGAUUGUUGUUUAAAAGUUUGGGAUGUUGAAGACUUAGUAGCGACAUAUUCAUAUAGUUUUGCACAUACAGAUAUUAUCACUAGUACAGAUGUAAAACCUAUGUGUAGUUCUGAAUUUAUAUCCACCUCUUUAGAUGGUGAAUCAUUACUAUGGGAUAUUAGACGGGCCAAACCAGCACACUGUAUUUUUAAGAGACCUGAUUGCCAGUUAUUAGCAGUAACUUGGAAUACUGUUUUGGAUCAUCUUAUAGCAGUAGGUGCAGCCGAUGGCAGUAUUGCAUUAAUUGAUGUGAGACAAACAGAAAAUCCAUUAUAUGAAUCAGUUGAAUCUAACAGAGGGAUACAUAAGUUAUUAUUUAAUCCAAAUCCGGAGAGGAAAGAACAAUUAGCAUGUUGCUCCAACGACACUUUUGUGAAAGUAUUUGAUACUUAUAGAGAGAUGCUACCUAUAUUCGAGGACAAUAGCCAUAGCGAUUUCGUACAAGGACUUGCGUGGUUCAAAGACGAUUUAUUUUCAUGUUCUUGGGAUGGAAGUGUAAUUAAACAUGUAGUAUUUUCUAGCGAUAGUUCAUAAUAAUAAGUUAAUAAUAAUAAUAUAUCAAAAUUUUUUAACAUUAAUUAUUAAAAUCAUAUUUUACUUUAUAAUAAAAUGACUCGAUUUUUUUAUUAAUUAAAUCAAUAUAUUAAAAAAAUUAUCAAUAUAUUAAUGAAAAUACUAUAUACAAAUUUAUUAUAUACAAAUAAAUAAUGAACUACUGAUUUCAACUUCAUGAAUAUACAUGGUAUUGAUUUAAAACAUAAAGUUACAAAAUGUGGCUUCAAUUUCGAUACCUUCAUUAUGUAAGCGAUGAUAUGGGAUGUAACAAAAUUUACUGCAUUUAAGAUAUUGGAAAACAUUCUCCUUUCAUAUUUAUUCAAAUCUCUUGAUCAUUGUUUCAGACAUUUCUACAACAUAGUUAUUAUGCUCUCUGUGAUUAUUCAAUAUACUAUUAUUGCAGAAACACACAAAAGUCGUGUAUUUGAAAUAUAUGGUAUUAUUGUUACAUAUAACAGUAAUGUAAAAGAGUCAAAUAGUUGAGACAACAAAAAUUUUUGCAUCUCAUGGAUCUUAAAUAUCGCAUUCCUAAAAUAAUUCAAACAAGUCUUUCUUUUGCUUUCUGGUCCUACAAUGUAUACAAUGUAUAUAGCAUAUCCAAUAGGAUUUUAUUUACAAAAUGAAGUCAACAAGAGAAUAAUGAAAAAGUGAACAAAAUAUCGCAGAUAAAAGUUUAGAAGAGAAAUAUGAAGUGUCUAAAAAGAUUAUGUCGUAAUAGCAGAAGAUAGUAGAGUAUGGUGUAAUAUGUAACGUAAUAUAUAUAUAUAUAUAUAUAUAUAUAUAUAUA